AUGUCUGAAAAUGAGGAAAUGGAAUUUUCUCCCCUUUAUAUUUUACCCACGGAAAUAUUCAUUCAUAUUUGUUCCCUUCUUCACGUAAGGGAUUUAAUAUUUUCACUUAUUUGCGUAUCAGCAUCAAGAGAUAGAAGUUUAGUCAUAUGGAAUCCGAUUAAAUCAACAAAUAAAUUUCCUAGCUAUAUUCAAAAAGAUGCCGCUCACGAAGGGUGGAUAUGGAGACUAAAAUGUGCCCAAGAUUCAUUGUAUUCUUGUUCUUGGGAUAACAGCGUUAAAAUUUGGGCCGUUAACAGCAAUGAUUUAUUAUUAAAGUCUACAUUUUGGUGUUCGUCUCCAGUUUUAUCUAUAGAAUUAAUGAAUGGAGCUGUACUUGCUGGAGAUUAUGGAAAAUCUAUAAGCGCUUUUGAUCCAAGAUGUGGAGAAAAUCCAGUUUUUAAAUAUAUAGAACAUCGUCGUGCGGUAUUAACAUUGGGAUCAACGGGAUCGGAUGUGAUUUCGGGAAGCGAAGAUAAAACUCUUGUGUUGUGGGACAGCAGGAAAAGAAGCGUAAAACAAAAAAUAUUAUUGGGAAAAGAUAGAUUUCCUAAUUGUUCGUGCAUGGACGAUAAUAUUCUUUAUAUAGGCGACAGUAAAGGUUCGAUUCACGUUUUUAACACGAGCGGAGAUACCGUAAAAAGGUUAAAAAUAUACAAUAUUGGACACCAGAAACCGAUAUCCGUUAUUAAAAAUGGACGAAGUUAUUUGUUAACUGGUUCACACGAUGGUACAGUCAAAAUUUCUCUUCCAAUUCAACCAUUAAAAGUUUUAACAUCCAUAAAAACCACAAAAGGCGAAGUUGGGGGUAUGGAUUACAAAGGAGGAAUUCUAGCUGUUGGAACUUCAAAUUAUUUAGAAUUUUGGAUGCCCAAAGAAUAUAUAAAUUCAAAUAAUGAAAACGAUUCUAAUUAUUUUGAAUCCGGUUUUAGAACACAAUUUUAUUAG